AUGAAGACGAGACCUGUCCAGGUCCUAAUCCCAACGUUAUCACUCCCGAUGCUGGUCAGUACCCUUGAGCUCCUUUUAGGACCAAUUGUGGCAGCAAUCCGAUGUGCAUCAGGUCGUGAACCCAUAACAGUUGGAAAACCUAACACACCUGCUUUUGACUACAUUCAACGACGGUGGAACAUCGAUCCGCAGCGAACCAUGAUGGUUGGUGAUAGAAUGAACACCGAUGUGAAAUUUGGAAGAGACCAUGGCCUGAAGACGCUUUUAGUGCUUUCCGGCUGUCACCAACUUGAAGAUAUCACGAAUAAUCGUCAAAAUGAUCGUUUUGAUAUGGUUCCUGAUUACUGCGCAACUUGUUUAGGAGCUCUUGUUGAUUCACGAGUACAAUCUUGA